GUAUUGAAGAGAACAUACAACAGUUGAAAGAGACACUCGCAAAAGAAAAAAAGGAAGCGGGAAGAGCUAUUGCAAAGAAAAGAACAGGAAACUAGGUUGCAACAGAGAAUGGGUAGAGUUCAGCAGCACGUUUCCUUAGAUGAAAAAGAUGUUGCUCAGACGCUCGGACAAAUAUUGACGUAUUUGGCUUUUCUUGAAGAAAAGUUAGACCAACAGCAAUCUAGAAUGGAUGAAUUCGCUGUUGGCCUUCAUGUCAUUACUAGUAUUGUCAAGGGGAAAGCCCCUAUGCUUGAAAAUGAUGAAAAGAAAAAAGAUAAAGAAAGAAGAGCGGACGUCAAGCCCGAGAAGUUGCUUAUUGGUGGAGUGAAAAACAGCGACACAACGAAGAAGGAAACGGUAAAAGAAACCGAGAAGAAACCGGAAGAGAAACCGGAAAAGAAACCCAACGGGAAUGGUGAUGGAAACGGAAAUGGAGACGGGAAUGGAAACGGGAAUGGUGGUCCCAACGGUCCCACUUCCCCUCCUAAGAACAAUGYCAAACCCGCAGAUCCGACUAAGCCAAAGAAAAAAGAAAAAGUGAAGAUGAAAUUACCUUUCACUUUUUCUAAUWAGAAAGAAGAAAGCCUUCCACUCUGGAUCGCAGAGAUCCAGACCUACGUUGGGACUGCACCGGUAGAAGAAGAGUCGCAAGUGGCGUUCACCACUUCUUGUAUGGGUGGUGAAGUGAAGCAGUGGGUUCUGGCGGAGACGAAUGCCGCGGGGUUUGACGAUAUAGGUGAGUGGGCGAAGACUAUGACCUUGAAGCAGUUCCUUGCAAAGGUCAAGGACCGCUUCUUGGACAAGACCACGACCGAUAAGGCCUUCGACCAACUCACCUCGAUAGGACAGAAGUCCUCGUCUUCCGUUGAGUCAUUGUCUCGUGAGGUGGACCGCCUGUUGCAGGUUCCUGGUCUUAACGUGCAGGACUCUCAGGUCCUUUAUAUCUACUCCCUCGCGUUGCCCGAACCGAUACGAGGGCAAUUGGUCGCCGAGGCCAAGUCAAGUAAGUAUACCUGCCGCCAGUUCCGCGACCUUGCAUUGCAGCGGGAACAAAUGACUUCGCAAGUCAAAGGUUCCUAUGCUGCUACCGUAAAGAAUGGAGGAGGAGGCGGUCGAGGAGGCUACGACAAGCGGGUCAUAUGGCGUCAAAAGCGCCAAGACCACACCCUCGUCGUAUUCGACGACGAUACAAUGGAGAAAUGACCAUUGGAAUCCGAGGGUGGUGGUGAGAGCAACAGUGACUCCGGAAAGGGGGAGAUCACCGCUACGACGGUCAACAAAGGAGGACCGUCAUC